GGGCUGCUGUGCGAUGGGGAGUCCCCGGGUGGGGCAUGGGGAGCGGUUUCGUUUGCUCCUCUUUGUGUGAGUUUGUUGGCGGGUUUCUCCGCGGUGCGGAUGGUAGCCAAGAGAAAUGCUCGGUGCGCUCACCGGCGACCUCCCCGGGAGAUAGGCUAUCCUGUCGUGUGUGCGGGUUCUCCGGGCGCUUCCUUAGGAACGGCCCUCCCCUCCGCAGCCGCGCACAAACUCCAAAGCUGCCUUCCCUUCCGCUGCUGAAACAUCAAUGAACUUCAGCGCCCAGCUGACUGAUUUUCCUUCCCGAUUCAGCGACUGAGCUACUUAUUGCCAUGAUCGCAUUUUGGCAUCUUUUAAAGCCAUCAUUGCUGAAUGUUUUUUUGUCUUCUUUGUAUCAUAGAUUGCUGUGAUUUAAAGCUGAUAAUACCUACGUUACACUGCUGUUAUAAUUUUCUAGCUGUUAGUGGGGUGCUUGGAAACUCAACCCUACCCAGUGUAUGGCAUGUCAGCAGAGGAUAAGUAAAUAUAAUCCCAUCCCAACUAGUAGAUUGGCUCCCACUUGAUGAGAAAUGUUAAAAAUCUGGAGGUUUGCUUUUUUUUCGUGGACUCAUUGAAAAGGGGAGUAAAGCGGGAAUUGCUUUUGGACUGCUGCAUCUGGUUUCUCAUGAGUCUUCACAUUCCCUGUAUAAUAGGGCUGUGAUUCACAACCCUUGAUGAAUUUGCUCUGGUAGCCAAGGCAGUUGAUGCCUUCUAACUGUGGAAGAGACUCUGUGUACUGCAGCUCCAAGAGGAAUCAACCAUCAGUUCUCUCAUUUUUACCACCCUAUGUUAUUGCAGUGCAGUGGUUUGCUGUGCUGUAAAUUGGUGCUGCCUUUCAUUUAUCGUGCCAUUGGCUCAAAGCAUCUUCCUGCCAGUAACAUCAGUUUUGUUCAUCUUGAUUCCCAUCCAGACCUUCUUAUUCCUGUGAAUAUGCCUGCAGACACUGUAUUUGACAAAGAAGCUCUUUUUAGUGAAUUAAGUAUUGAAAAUUGGAUUAUGCCUGCUGUUUAUGCUGGCCAUAUUUCUCAAGUAGUGUGGCUUCACCCACGCUGGGCUCAGCAGAUCUCGGAAGGGAAACACAGUUUUCUGGUUGGGAAAGAUGUAUCAACAACAACUAUCAGGGUUACAGGCACAGAUAAUUACUUCUUAAGUGAUGGUCUUUAUGUUCCUGCUGAUCAGCUGGAAAACCAGAAGCCUUUAAAUUUGCACGUCAUUCUCAUCAAUCCUACUGAAUCAUCAAACAGCGGUGAAGGAAGUGGCGAAGUAGCAUCUGCUAAAAGACUGAAGCUAAAUACAGAUGACACAGCAAGUGCCACUUCUGCCUCUUCAGUGGCUCCUGCUGACUUUGAUCACAUCACCCAGAGUGUGAAGAAAAAGGAAAUGCAAAAUGCAGAUGCCCUGAAUGGGGCAGAAACUUUGGCAGAAGAUUCAGCUUCAAGCCAUCUUAAAAACAGUGAAUGCCCAAUAAGGGCCAUUGCUAAAGAUGUCUGCCAAGUACUGCAGAAGGGGGAUGCAUAUGUUUUAGACAUUGACUUAGAUUUUUUUUCAGUUAAAAAUCCAUUUAAAGAAAUGUACACACAGACAGAAUAUGAGCUUUUGCAAGAGUUGUACAAUUUCAAGAAGCCACAUAAAAAUGCAACAGAGGAAGACUUGCUGGAUUGUGUUGAAAACCGUGUUCAUCAGCUGGAAGAUCUGGAAGCAGCAUUUGCGGAUUUGUGUGACACUGAUGAUGAAGAAACCACACAGAAAUGGGCUUCAUAUCCUGGAAUGAAGCCACUUGUUCAACUAGUUCACAGUUUGAAAACCAGGAUGGAAAGCCCAGACUAUGAAAUGGUCCAUCAGGCUGGUCUGACCUGUGAUUACGUGGAGCUUCCUCACCAUGUUAGCACUGAAGACGAGAUUGAAGGCCUCAUACAGUCCAUUAAAGUUCUCCUGACAGAUCUGCCCAAGCCCACACUGGUGACAGUUGCUCGAUCAAGUUUGGAUGAUUACUGCCCUUCAGAGCAGGUUGACAUCAUUCAAGAGAAGGUUCUCGAUUUACUGCGUUCUGUGUAUGGCUCACUGGAUGUGCACUUAGAUUACUCAAGCACUUCAUCUUCUUCGUGACCUUUCUUUGUGUGUUGCUGUCUGAUGCAGAGGAUUAAUUUAAAUUGUUCAUUAGCUGUGAGUGCAAGGGUAACACUGCUGUUAUUUCAGCAGGUGGCACUAGAACCCAAGCUGACCAAGCUAGGGUUUGAGUUGCAUUGUUUUCUCCACAGCUGCCUCUGAACUAUUACCUGUUUUGCUUUGUUCAGAUUAGUGCUGUAAUUCUUAUUUUUACUGUCUUGUUUCUUAAAAUUGGUGCAAGAGAAACAAUGUCUUGUCCAUAAAUUGAGGGGUUAUGUCCCAUUUCUUUGUGUCUGUAAAAAAAAUAAAAUACAUAAUUUCUUAAAAUGGUUUUCCAUUAUGUAUGUUUUUUGUAAUUUGGUGACAGAUUUGCUCCUGAGUUGUAUUAUGUCUUUUAAAAACUGGUCUUAAAAAUGCCCUUAAAACUGUUGAUCUAUGUAGUGAUCUUUCCUAUCUGUUGUGCUGGGAUUACCCUCUCAUUUCUCUAGAGCAGCUCAUAGCUUCUGCCCCAUCCACAGAAUAUCAUUCAUGUUUAUUUUCUGUUUCACUAAUGUCUUAUUUUGCCUUAGAGUAUUUUAUUGGUGGCUUAGGUAAUAUCCCUAAUGUACAGACAUUGGGCUUGGUAUUUUCACUUUUACAUUAUUUUGAGGAUAAAAAGUAUGUGUGCAUGUGCAUGCUUUUAUGUUUUAAAUCCUGUAAGGAAUUGAUGGCUCUUCAGAAACAAAGAUUUUGCUUCACUGAAGUCAGCAGCAAAACAUUCUGUACCAGGUUUUCACUCAUUUUGGUAUUGCUAUUUAGGUAAUAACAGUUCUAGAACUACUUAAUUCAGAAAUCAAUAUAGUUAUAGAGAAUACUGGCACUUUCAGAGGAAAAAACCCCACAGCUUUUAUUGGGAAUGAAACUGAAACAGGAAAGAAAAUGCUACCU